GGCGACAAGUGCGGAAGGAUGAGAUAGAGGGGUGGAAACGGACAGUGAAAUGUCAUGCCCCGGUUCCAGGAACAUUGCACCUCGAAACCGAGUUGUAAAACGCACCGGUGCGUUCCCAUUUGAAACGCUCGGUAUUUUGGAUUAUUUGCAAGUAUCAGUAUAAAAAUUGAAACACGCCUGGCUGGUUGUCAUUGCAAUGCGGAGGAGCAGACAGUCUGGAAUCGCAGCGUCUAGACCUCCGCACCCCUCGUCCUCCGGCCAGACUCAUUUUGCGACCGGCUUCUGGACGAGAUACUCCGUACCCCAUCGUCCCCCCCCUUCUCCUCGGCGGCAGUCUGCGGCUGAACACGUGGGAAGAAACGUCCCCGAACCCUCUCCGGUUUCGCAAGCGUCCUUGAUCAACGUAUUCCCAUUUAAAGCCGCCUCAUCCCGGGACCAUUUAUUCCGAACGGCUAUUAAAUCCUGCACCCCUGCAUCCUGCAUCCUGCAUCCUUGCUGCAUCGUGGGGAAGCCAAGAAAAAAAUAGUGCUUUAGAUAAAUAUUCUGUCCGUAUGCAGAAGCAGGUGGGUUUGGAAGGGAAGUGCUUUCAGGAGAUUGCGGCUGCAGUCAAGUGUGACAGGGAAGGGAAGAGGUUGAGGGCGACUCGGACUGUUUGCUCGUAUUGAUGCAGUGGAUGGAAGGGAUCGCCGUCGGUCAGGGGUCUUGCGGGAGGGGCAACGAAUAAGGUUAAAAAUCCCCCCACAUCCACCCCCCGGCGACAGUCUGGCAAGGUCUCUGGAGAGGAUCGAUCGCAUUUAUGCUGGAAGAAUGUAUUCUGAUCCAUCGGGAAGAGAUCUGCUGGGAAACAGAACCUUGUUUUUCAUAUUUAUUUGUUCUUUCGCACUGGUCACCCUCAUACAGCAGAUCCUCUACGGCAAGAACUACAUAAAGAGGUAUUUCGAGUUGCAGGAAGGUCGGUUCGAAUACAACUCCUCAACAUGUUGGAAGCUGCGUAAUGAGAUCAUGGAGGUGAAGGUACUUUCCAUGGUGAAGCAGUCUGAGCUGUUUGAACGUUGGAAGACCCUGCAGUUGUGUAAAUGGGAAAGGAACCAGAGUGCUACCAACAUUUUUAAAUCUCGCCUGACCCGAUGCUGCAACGCGCCAGCAUUUCUAUUCACAACGCAGAAGAAUACUCCCCAGGGCAUCAAGCUGAAGUACGAGGUGGACAGCAGUGGCUUUCUCUUCAUCAAUGAAGAUGUUUUUGAAUUAUUUCCAAAGGAAAUGCCAUAUUCACGCUCCCAGUUUAAAAAAUGUGCAGUGGUUGGGAAUGGAGGAAUCCUGAAGAACAGUAGGUGUGGCAAUGAGAUCGAUUCCACGGAUUUUGUAUUCAGGUGUAAUUUGCCACCAAUCUCUGAUAAAUACACCAUGGACGUUGGACUGAAGACAGAUAUUGUGACAAUAAAUCCGAGCAUUGUAACCGAGAGAUUCCAAAAGCUAGAAAAGUGGAGGCGGCCAUUCUAUGAAGUCCUACAGGCAUAUGAAAAUGCUUCUGUAGUGAUGCCAGCUUUCUACAACACCCGCAACACAGAUGUUUCAUUCAGAGUCAAGUAUGUGCUGGAUGACUUUGAGUCCCAGCAAUCCACGUUCUACUUCCAUCCCCGCUAUCUCGAGAAUCUUUCCCGUUUCUGGCUGAGACAUGGGCUCAGAGCCAAACGCCUCAGUAGUGGUUUAAUGCUGGUGACAGCUGCAAUGGAGUUGUGUGAAGAAGUCCAUCUCUAUGGAUUCUGGUCGUUUCCCAUGGACCCCUCAGGCUAUUUCAUCACCCACCAUUACUAUGACAACGUCAAACCUCGACCAGGUUUCCACAAGAUGACUUCUGAGAUCUUCAAUUUUCUGCACAUGCACAGCAAGGGGAUUCUUCAGGUCCAUACCGAGGUUUGUAGCUGAUGUUUGUUACCACAGAGAAAGAUAAGCCUAGACGUUCUGAUUAUUUAGGUGGAUGUUCAUUGAAAGGACUAUCCUUUCACAUUAUUGGUUAGAGAAGUAUGCAAUAAGUAGUCUAGUUAAGCUAUCACUGUGAUAAGAAAAACAAAGAUGUCCCCAAUAAAACCUUGUCUUUUUCUUUGAUCAUUGGUCAAAGGGGUGGCCCAAGAUUUUAUGACAUUUGAUUGUUUUUGUUGGUGGCAUUUCCAACUGUUUGAGUCUUCUUUCAGUUCAAACUGGAAAUUUCCAAGAUUUAGUAUUGGCCAUUGUAGAUUUUCUUGUGGGUUUUAAAGGAUGGGAUCAAUUAAUUACUUACAUUUCCCCUAAUUUUAAAGAAUUUGUCCGGCAUAAGCCAGCAAUUUCUUCUAUAAGCCUCCCUCAAAACGCAAAGUGAAUCAUAAAUUCAUUGAAAUCUACUUAACAGAAGAAGACUAUUUGGCACAUUCAGUCCACACUGUCCAAAUGAAAACUUUUCACACUUCUCAGCUCGUGGCUUGUAGGUUAGAGUUAUCGUCAUAGAGUCACACAGCGUGGAAACAGGUCCUUUUGCUCAAUUGGCCCACACCGACCAACAUGCCCCAUCAACACUCGUCCCACCUGCCUACGUUUGGCCCAUAUCCCUCUAAACCUAUCCUAUCCAUGUACCUGUCCAAAUGUUUCUUCCUCCUCUACUAGCUCAUUCCAUACAUCCACCAUCCUUUGUGUAAAAAGGAUACCCCUCAGGUUCCUACUAAAUCUUUCCCCCAUCACCAUAAACCCAUGUCCUCUGGUUCUCGAUUCCCCUACUCUGUAUAAGAAACGCUGUGCAUUUGCUCUAACUAUUCCUCUCUAUGCUUUCUAUACACCUCUAUAAAAUCACCCAUCAUCCUCCUGCGCUCCAAGGAAUAAAAUCCUAGCCUGAUCAACCUUUCCCCAUCGUUCUGGUUCUGGCAACAUUUCUGCACGGUUGUGGCAUUUCAUAUGUUCAUCCAGACAUUAAAUGUGAUGAGGUUCUGCACUAACUCACUUUAAAUCAUUGAGUUUCAGUUCCUCAUUACUCUUUCAAUUAACUUAUUUUUCUCUACUCUCGACCAAUUUCUCUUUCCAAUCAACUUAAAUCAAUGGGCCUUGAUCAUUGAUUGCUGUGCUAAGCAAAAUUAGGGAUUUCCUGUUAACCCUGUCCAAGAUACUGAUAGUUUUAUAAAUGUCAGUUAAACCACCACUGAAGAAAUCACCUCUUCUUUGAGAUACCUAUUCCUCAUAAUAAUAUGUUCCAGCCCCAGGAUCAUCCUUCUAAACUACUCUGCAGUAACACAGAAGAAUUGGCAUCCUGCAGAGGAACCCCUUGUUCUUAGUAAAAUGAUUUGAUCUGGAAAUGGAUUGUUCUAGAGAUGAAUACAGAUGGAGAGAAUCAGAAAGAGUUAUGCCCCUGUAAACCUCUGGAGACUUUGCGCCCCACCCAAGGUUUCCCUGCGGUUCCCGGAGGUUGCAGGUGUUUGCCGG